CCCAUUAGGCCUCUUGCCUCCCACCGCUCCUUCUGGAAUCAGCCCUCUGCACCCGUGCCUCCUAGCCACUCCAAGAAUCCUGAGUCACUUCACCGGUUCUGUUUCCUUCCUUUUCCCAGGCAACGUUCCAGAUGCCAAGGAACACUGCAGCUCGGCCAUCGCCUCCCUUCUGCAGGGCAGGAGAAGGCUAUUAAAAGCUGCUGACGUCAAAAGGGACGGCCAUCUUUGAUGAGGGCAGAGCUCACGUUGCAUUGAAGACGAAACCUCGGGGAGGUCAGGCGCUGUCUUUCCUUCCCUCCCUGCUCCGCGGCUCCUCCACACUUGGAACCUGCAGGGGCCGGGCGAACACCACCCUCUGGAGAAGGCAAGGUUCUGUGUGCAGACCCAUCCCUGACCCCCAGGCCCAGGCGCCCCGCCACCCCCCACCGCUACCAUGGCUGAAGACGCGGACAUGCGCAAUGAGCUGGAGGAGAUGCAGCGAAGGGCUGACCAGCUGGCUGACGAGUCGCUGGAAAGCACCCGUCGUAUGCUACAACUGGUUGAAGAGAGUAAAGAUGCUGGUAUCAGGACUUUGGUUAUGUUGGAUGAACAAGGAGAACAACUCGAUCGUGUCGAAGAAGGCAUGAACCAUAUCAACCAAGACAUGAAGGAGGCUGAGAAAAAUUUAAAAGAUUUAGGGAAAUGCUGUGGCCUUUUCAUAUGUCCUUGUAACAAGCUUAAAUCAAGUGAUGCUUACAAAAAAGCCUGGGGCAAUAAUCAGGAUGGAGUUGUGGCCAGCCAGCCUGCUCGUGUGGUGGACGAACGGGAGCAGAUGGCCAUCAGUGGUGGCUUCAUCCGCAGGGUAACAAAUGAUGCCCGAGAAAAUGAAAUGGAUGAAAACCUGGAGCAGGUGAGCGGCAUCAUUGGAAACCUCCGUCACAUGGCCCUGGAUAUGGGCAAUGAGAUCGAUACACAGAACCGCCAGAUCGACAGGAUCAUGGAGAAGGCUGAUUCCAACAAAACCAGAAUUGAUGAGGCCAACCAACGUGCAACAAAGAUGCUGGGGAGUGGUUAAGUGUGCCCACCUGUGUUCUCUUGCAAAUGCUGUCCAGCAAGAUAGCACCUUCAUGCUUUUCUCAUGGUAUUAUCUAGUAGGUUUGCACACACGCACACAUCAAUCUGCCCCCAUUGUGAAUGUUGUCUUGUGUUGUCCAUCGGCCCAACAAUACUAUGUGUCUUUUGUUCUUUCUGGGUCUCUUUCUUUCCAAAGGCUGUAUAUAGUGGUCAUUUGGUGGCUCUAACUCCCUACAAAAGAUGUCUUGGGUUUCAUUUUUUCCUUUCCUCUCCUCAGUGGCGUUUGCUGAAUGACAACAAUUUAGGAAUGCUCAAUGUGCUGUUGAUUCUUUCAAUACGCAGUAUUGUUCUUGUAAAACUGUGACAUUCCACAGAGCUACUGCCACGGUCCUUUCUUUGGGUGUCAGGCUCUGAAACUCUCAAAAUUUGCUGUCUUUGGUUCCUCAUGGCUAUCAUCUGUCUUUAUGAUUUCAUGAUUAGACAAUGUGGAAUUACCUAACAAGCAUUGCACUAAAAGUGAUGUGAUUUAUGCAUGAGAACUAAAUAGAUUUUUAGAUUCCUACUUAAACAAAAUCUUUCCAUGACAGUAGCAUACUGAUGAGAAAACACACAUGCACCAACAGCAAAACAACAACAAAGCAUGCUCAGUAUUGAGACACUGUCAAGAUUAAGUUAUACCAGCAAAACUGCAGUAGUGUCACUUUCUUUCUGUCAAUAUUUAGACUUAUUAACCAUGAUCAUCCUUUUUUUAAAAAAAAAGAAUUUUAAAAAAAGUUGGGUUUGACACACUCACCACUUAAUCAUUUCCAGCAAAAUAUAUGUUUGGCUGAAACUAUGUCAGAUGGAUGUAAAAUAGGGUUUGUUUGCUGCUUUCGAAGGCUGUGUUUUGGAGAAAGCAACCUUGCUAUGAAACAGUGUGGAGAUGUAAAUUUAGUAAGGCUGACUCUUAUUAAUCACCAUUUCCCCUGUGGUUUGUUAUCAGUAAUUCUCUGUUGCUUAAUCUAGAGCUAUGCACACCAAAUUGCUGAGAUGUUUAGUAGCUGAUAAAGAAACCUUUAAAAAAUAAUAUAAACGAAUGAACUAUAGAUAAACUGUGCGAUAAAUAUCAUUACAGCAUGUAAUAUUAAAUUCCUCCUGUUUCCUCUGUCCGUUUGUGAUGUGAUUGACAUUUUGUAGCUAGUUUAAAAAUUAUUAAAAAUUAUAGACCCCAGA